UUCCCCAAUAAAAUCUUUAAAAAAUAAAAAAAAAAUUCAAAAAAAUUUGUGAGGAAAUGUACAGGAUCUGUAGCAAUUCAAAUAAUCUUGAAAAAGAACAAUAUCAGAGAACUGACAAUAUUUGACUUGGAGCCUUCUAUAAAGUUGCAGUAAUCAAGACAGCAUGGUAUUUGCAAAAGAACAGGAAAGGAGAAACGCAAUGUGCGUCUGCCAUCUUGCUGCCCCACUUGCACACCGUGUUGCUUGUGCUCCAGAAGCACAAAAUUCCAGUGGACUCAAAGCAAGUAAAUGAUAAAUAUGUUACUUCUAUGACUGCUGACAGCCAGUAGAGGCCACCCUUUUGGUUCCAUUCAGAACUUACUUCCAACACAGAAUCACAUUUUAAGAAACACAAAUAACCAAGAAACCCAAUCAUAUCCUUUUUACACGUGUUACUUCCCUGUAUUUGUCAGCCACUUAUGUUGAAAAUGACAACAAAGGGAAAAACAGAGCAACCCAUGGUUUCUUUCCCUUUCAGUCCUGUAGAAUGUACACAUGUGCAUGUAUCAAGAAGUGAAAUAAAAAGUUUUGUGCAGCGUUUCCACUGUGCUGGUCACAGCGGGACACCUCAAGGAGAAAACGAUUGGGAGCCAACAGCCAGGAGAGGUCCGGGUCCGGGAAGAGACCGUUCCCAACAUGGAAAAAUCCUGCCAAGCAAAUGAAGAACAGCCACAGAGCGCGCCCAAGACAGACGAGGAGCAGCCUCCCGCGGAGCAGUCUUCCGAAGACCGGAAUCCCGAGGAGCCGUCAUCCGAAGAGCCGAGUCCGGAGGAGCAGUCCUCCGAGGAGCAGUCUUCAGAGGAGGAGUUCUUUCCCGAGGAACUCCUGCCCGAGCUCCUGCCCGAGAUGCUGGUGGCCGAGGAGCGCCCCCAUCCGGAACGCCUUUCUCGCAAGGACCUGUUUGAGGCGCGCCCUCCCAUGGAGCAGCCUCCUUGUGGAGUGGGAAAACAUAAGCUGGAAGAAGGAAGCUUUAAAGAAAGGCUGGCUCGUUCUCGCCCGCAGUUUAGAGGAGACAUACACGGGAGAAAUUUGAGCAACGAGGAGAUGAUAAAGGUAGCAGAGGAGAUGGAAGAGAUGAAAAGAGUACGAAACAAAUUAAUGAUCAUGCACUGGAAAGCGAGACGGAAUCGUCCUUAUCCUAUGUAAUGAUGUGUCAGGCCUUCUAUGCCAGUUGUCCUGAUUUAAGUAUUGCCACCUGAACUUUACAUUUUCUCGUAUCCCUCUCGCCAUUUUCUUCAUUUUAAUUUUGUGUGUGGCUUUAUUUAAGGUGUGUCACUUGUAACUGUCGUAAAAUUGGGCUUCCACCCCUCCCCCAUCUGCAGUUCGCUCUUCCAGUCACGUGUCUCACCUAUUUGCAUGCCAACAUGGACGUUAUAUAUUGUGAAGUGAAAAAAAAAGCGAUUUUUGAAAAGUAUAUGUCGGAUCCCGUUUUUGUAAAAAAUGUAUAUUUAUAUAUUAAUAUGCAAAGAAAAAUUGAAAGUAUAUACUGCAAAGGCUUAACAGUGGCUAUCUGUGUGUGGUAAGAUAAUAGGUCAUUUUUUGUCUGUUUGCUUUCCAUGUUUGCUUUGUUGCAACUUCUCAUUUCUUUCAAGACGAACACAUUUGUGUUGCAAAAAACCCCCAAUAUAAUGGGGAGAAAUGUAAAGCAAUUUAAAAACUGUCUAUCAGUUUAUAAAGACAAUGUGGCACUUAAUAAAUACUUGUCAAAACUUAAAGUAAA